AUGUCAAUAACAAGGAUAGGUGUUUGUACAAUGAACCAAUUUGCGAUGGAUUUUGAUUACAACCUCUAAAAUAUAAUUGAGAGCAUAGAGAUCUGUAAGAGAAAGCAAUGUCUAUACCGAAUUGGUCCAGAAUUAGAAGUUUGUGGUUACAUGUGUGAAGAUCAUUUUCUAGAGUCAGAUACUGUUACUCAUUGUUGGUAAGAAUUUUGAAUAAUAUUAAAAGGGAAGCUGUAUCUGAAAUAUUACCUUAUACAAAUAAUAUUGUAUGUGAUAUUGGAAUGCCUGUAAUACAUAAAAGUGUAUUUUAUAAUUGUAGAGUGAUUCUUUUAAAUUAGAAAAUACAUCUGAUAAGACCUAAGAUUUAUUUGGCAGAUGAUGGAAAUUAUAGAGAAUCAAGAUAUUUUACACCAUGGAGUAAAGAAAUAGAGGAAUUAGAAUUACCAACAUUCAUUUAAAAGAUAACAGGAUAAAAAUGUGUUCCAAUAGGAGUAGCAAUAUUAUNGUGA